CCAGGCGGAGUGACGGGUGGCGGCCGGAGGGGAGCGCUUUAGCCGGGGCCGCCACACAAGGAGAGACCGAGGCUCCGAGAGCCGCGCUGGGCCCUGCGGCCAAAUACAGAUCGAGCCGAAUAAAGCAGGCGACGUUCUUGUCGCGGCAGCAUCGGCGGCGGACAGCUCUCGCGCAGUUCUGCGGCUUUGUGCACUGCAGCAGGGCGGCCGACUGCACGGCUCCGUACUGUGUUGCUGCUAAGCUAACUGAGCGCCGGCGGAGUCACUGACACUCGACUCGAGUGUCGCCGCCCGCUGUUUGUGUCUCGGCUCGAGCCGCGGCAACAUGAAAGAAGGACAUAAACGUGUGUGCGGGGGGUGCGCGCUCUUCUCGCGGCCUUAAUAAUGAAAGAAGAGCACGAAGGAGCUGCUGACUGUCCGUUUCCCUCGCUUUUACUCCUGUGCUACCGUGUAAUGAGCAUGUGUUUUUAAUGCGAGACGAGUGAUCGGCGAGGAGCGAGACGGCGGGGGACGUGCUGGGCCCACAGGCCGCCCUGUAUGUGCAGCUAGCGCACCCCGGGGGGUCCCUCUCGCGCCGCCAUGGAUGCUGCCUGGAGCAACUUCCUGUUUCAGACUCCGCCCACCCAGACCCAAGCAGAGGCAACUCUCCAAUCAGAUCUCCUCCCAGACCUCACGGGCUCUGUGGAAGCCCCGCCCACAGAGCACAUAGCCACUCCCCCAUCCACGGUGGACACUGCUGCUCUGAAUGAGGAGCCUGUACCCGGUGAGCAGAAGUGGGGAGGGAAGGGGAGUGUGCCCGUCUCCCACUGUGUGGUAACCCCUCCCCGUUUCUCUCGCUCACUCUCAGUGAAACCCAUGUCUCGGCCAAACCGAGCAUCCCAUAUCUGCCCCCUGUGCAACAAGCAGUUCAAGAACAGCUACAACCUGCGGCGCCACCAGUCGGUCCACACUGGGAUCCGCAUGAAGGACCGGGCGAUGAGGGAGAGGGAGGAAGGUGUGAAAGACGCAGCAGCAGCCACCGGAGUGACCGUGGACAGGACAACGGUCCCUCUUUCCCCGCUGCAUCUGUCGGUCCCCCAUCCCGCCACGGAGCCUGCUCCUCACCCGCCCGCUCUCGGAAACCAGGAUGUCGCGUCCGUUCCCGUCUCCAUGGGCACAGCGACAGUAACCAUGACUGCCCCUGCUGCUCUUUCCUCUGCGGUCAUGGUUGCGGGGGCCAUGGCACAGCGCCUGCCGAACCCGAACCCAGUGCGCAAGAACCACGCGUGCGAGGCCUGUGGCAAGGCCUUCCGAGACGUGUACCACCUGAACCGGCACCGGCUCUCCCACUCUGAUGAGAAGCCCUACUCGUGCCCCAUCUGCCAGCAGCGCUUCAAGCGCAAGGACCGCAUGAGCUACCACGUGCGCUCGCACCAGGGCGGCGUGGAGAAGCCCUACGUGUGCCCCCACUGCGCCAAGGGCUUUUCACGGCCGGACCACCUCAACAGCCACGUGAGGCAGGUGCACUCGACCGAGAGGCCCUUCAAGUGCGAGACUUGCGAGUCGGCGUUCGCCACCCGGGACCGGCUGCGUGCUCACAUGAUCCGGCACGAGGAGAAGGUGCCGUGUCACAUCUGUGGGAAGCUGCUGUCAGCUGCGUACAUCACGGACCACAUGAGGGUGCACAACCAGUCUCAGCAUCACGCCUGCCACCUCUGCAACCGCACCUUCACCACGCUCACGUACCUGCGGGUUCACGCCCAGAAGCACCACGGCCAGGAGUGGAAGGAGAGCGAGGGCCAGAGGGGCGGCUUCGGGGGCACUGGCGCCGGGGGGGUCCUGCUGUGCCAGCUGUGCGGCGUGCAGUGCAAGACCCCAACCCAGCUGCAGGGCCACAUGGGCACACACAGUGCUCCCCAGGGUAGCCCCAGCCCCAGCCCCAGCCCCACCACCUCCGUGUCCAGCAGCACAUGCGGCGGUGGUGGCAGUGGUGGCGGCGCCGGGGCAGUCGGACUGCUCGUUUCGGACUGCUCGGGCAUCGCACCCCAGUCCCACAGCUAGCAGGAGGGGCGGUGGGGGAAGCGGCGUGAGGGUUUGAGUCACGGGGUGGGCAGCACAGCGGGGGAGCGAGGGAGACAUCGGGUAGUCGGUACUGUGUGUGAGCAUGUCUGUGUGUGCGCGCAGGACCUGACAGUGCCAAAAGGAAAGGCUCAGAGCGGCAGUUUGGCCGGCGUGGAAGCGCUUGUGAUGAUGACUGCAAGUCGAUGUUAUUUACCGUGCUGUUUCGUUUCUCGCUGUGCACUCGGUCGCUGUAGAGCCGCGCAGGUGGAAAAUGAAGGUGAAAAUGGCGCGUUGGGCACAGCGGGGCGGCCCUUCCAUUGGCGAGGGCGAGAACCAGGGUUCGAUGCACCAGCGGCCCUCGGUGGGCUGUGCUGACCAACUGCAGCGAGGGAAGGGGGGGUUAGCAGCGACGCGUCCGGGGUCUGAGGGGACCGGGGCGACGAACCCUCGCAGAGGACCGAGCGUACGAGCGCCGCUCGCCGGGACACUGCGAAGGACGACGCGGCUUCAAAGGCCACAUGCUCCAAACGGGUGCGAGACUCAUGGGGUGCGGGAUCAUUAGAGCGUUUCCUCUUUUUCUUUCUUUUUUGCCCACGUUUGGUAAGUAAUGUAGGUCUUCUCGGCUCUUCCGCUUCAGCCACGAACGGAAAGGACUAAAGGUUGCUGGGCUCACGAUACUUUGGUAAUCGGAGAUACGCUUGGUCCUCAUCUCGCCGAAAGGGAGCAACGCCAACCGCUGGACAGCAGGGACUGAGCUGUGGUUAUUUCAGUGUCGUUGCUUUGAUUUUAUUUAUAUAUAGAUACAUAUAUAAAAUGUGUACAUUUUAAUGUAGUGUCAGGAUUUAUUUAAAUUCUUGCACUAAUUAUGUUCUGGGAAGUGGGUGGAUGCCUGAGUUUUACUGCCUCAACAUGAUAAUGUACAAUGAAUUAAUUUGGGGUCGGGGGGGGGGGGACUGGGAAGAACUGAUUUCUGUAAAGGGUGCAGUUGAUGCCAACUGCAAAAAACAAGUGGUUUUAACCCCGCGACUGGGAACGAGUUUUCGUUUGAAUAACUGCGUGUGAUGAGAGAGAGAGAGAGCGAGAGAGAGCGAGCGAGCGAGCGCGACUCUGCAACUGGAGCGUUUCGGCCGCUCCAGGCCUUACUGACCCAAAGGUUCCAGUGUGUCCUGGGGAGCCACUGGAACGUUCCGGAAGGAGAGCGGGCCCCACGCUUCUGUGUUCACUCACACUGGGACUGUUCAAAGUCAGAACUCCUCCUGCGAUUCCUGUCCACUGGGUGUUCACUUGUUCCUUUGAAGAAGUUUAAAAGAGUGGAAAAGUGACAUUAAUUGUGAACGUGUGUCAGGAUGUGUGUGUGAGUGUGAGACCUUCACUGUUCACUUGUAGGUGUUAAAGCUUGUUUAAUGGCAGCCCCGUGUUUGUGUUCCUGUAAUAUUAUAUUAAUCCCUGUAUAUGCACCCGGCACCAAUAAUAACUGGAUUUCCACUGC